GGUCAUUCUUCACAGCAGGAUGAACAAAGGUUUUGUACUGUUCGCAACGUUUCUCAGGUAAGUUGUAUUGAAUUGAUUUUUAGUAACAGCAGCUCGAGGUAUGUUGACAAGACUUGGCUUCAAUUGCUGUUGACAAGCGUAGUGGGUAAUUUGAUUUCUAAACAUUAACAACUCUGGCUGAAUUUAAUUGGAACUGCCUCCGCCUUACUGUCAACACACUGUCACAGAUAGGACCGACAACAGUUUCUCCGUACGUACAACAGAGUCUAGAUCUGCGCAUGCUCGUAUUAGAAAGGUGUGAGCGAUGGCGUCGUCAGGGAAACGUGUCGGUUUGGAUGAUAUUGACAUACAGUCUCAGGACGAGCGACUAACGACGAAGCACGUUCGAACUCUAGCAUACACGCAGUCGUUGGUAGACGAAAAUGAGCGUUUACGUCGCCGAGUUAGUGAUCUUGAGGAUAGCAUGGAGAGUCAGAUGAAACUGCAAGAACGUAUAGCCAUAGAAAGAGCGACUUCUGUUGUGGAUGAUGUAACAGACAAGCACCAACGAGAGAUGACUGAUCUUCUUGUGAAGAAGCUGGAAAGUGAAAAACAAUCUCAAGCUGAGAUUGCUCAGCUUUCAGGUCGUCUUCAAUCACUGGAGAUUAGCUACUCUCAACUGAAGGAAACAGCUGGGUUAGGUGAUGCUACUCAUUGCAAGAACAGUGAGACUCUUGAUGCUCUAAGGCACGAGUUAUCCGAAGCUCACAACAUAGCAGAAAAGCUGAGAAGUACCAAUCGAAGCUUGUUGACUCAAACGAAUCGAAUGCAACAGCAAAUUGACUUUUUAAACAAUGAGGUGGAAACAAGUAGGAAACAAGUAAAUUGCAAAUUGCAGGCUAGAAUCACAAAACUGGAGGCACAGCAAAGCAAACUAAAGACAGACAAGCGAGACCUGGAUGAACAACUAACUCAAUCUAGGAAAAACUUCAACCAACUGAGACAAGAGAUGCAAAAAGUUACUCAAGAACACUGUAGCUGUGAAACGACUAUCAGUAAGCUGCAAGAAACUCUACGUCACAGGGAACAACAGUUAAGUAUGAAAGCUGUUGCACCACGCAACGUACAGGGCAAGCUACAGGAACUUGAAGGAAAGUGCUCUCGUCUUAGCUGCGAUCUCGAGCAAGCAAUAAAGAAUGGCGAAAUCGCACUUGGCUCAAUAGCAGAACAGGAUUCUCUGGUGAGUAGCCUGCAAGCUAGCAACGAAUGUCUUCAAUCAGAUUUGGAAGAAUGCAAUCAGGAACGGAGAACAUUGCAUGCUACAGUGGAACAACUGAAGUGCGAAGUAGCUGAGCUACAGGCUCGAUUGAAAUUGCAAUCCGGAAGAAGCCAAGACUUUGCCGAGUACGUUCAGUUGAAGAGGGAACUGUUGGUGUUACGAGAUCAGAACGAACAGUUGCAGCACGAGUUGAAAAAGAGAUCGAAAGAUAACGGUUCUUCUGAUCAUUUCAAGUUGCUACGACGACGAUCACAACAUGGAGUUAGUUACUCUAGAGUACUAAGCAUCACUCCCUGCCAGAGUGCCCUAGACUUGACACAGGGCAGAACGUCCCGAGGACCUCGUGCAGGAAGUAUGUAGACUACUACACUGUGUACUACUACUACAUGUACAGUAUAUUGUUUGUUCAA